UUGAGUCUCAAGUCACAGGCAAAUAGCGAAGCUUUUCUGUAGCUCUAACUCUUUUUCUAUUUUCUUGUUUAUUUUGUUUUUCCAUUAACACUCUUGUGUGCCCAUAAAAGGAAAACCAAAACCAAACAGGUCUCUUGUCUAUUUUUUGGCUGUUUCAAAGAGCUUACUUUAGCUAUCAACCACAUUCCAGUUUGAGAAACAUGCACCACUUCAAAAUUUGCUCUGGCUCUGCUAUUGCUACUGCUACUGCUACUGUCACACAAGGGUUUGGUUCAGGGUUUGACUGAUAGCGAGUGAUUGUGGAAAAUGUUGGUUCUAAGCAUGAAUUCAAAAAGACAAAGACGCCCAAAUGUUAGGUUAGGGGAAAUUGGAGAUGUUUCUGCAGCUUUUGCAUGUGGGUUUUCGCAAAGAUCGCAUGCGAAUUUGGGGCAGAAGAGAUGGAAACAUGAUUUUGUGAACCCAAGUGAGACUGAACCUAAUUCCAUUUUUCAGUUUUCAAGUAAAAAAUCUCCUGAGUUCACAGUUAUGGACCCUGGUGUAUCUCCAAGGAUUUCAGCUGAUUUCCAACAGAACAGGGAGAAUAAGAACCCAAAUUCUUCAAAAUUAGCUUUUGAACAUGUAAUUUUGGAUAAAACUGAUAUAACAAAGUCUGCAGUAAAUUUUGGUACUGUCACCCGGAAGAGCAGGGUCAUGAAGCGGAGAAGCCGGAACACGAGAGGCAAAAAUAAUGCUUUUGGUGGUGCUUGGAAUUCUAAACUUAGCCCCGAGUUUAGUAGUGAAGAUGGAAAAGAGGAUGGAGAGAAGGAGUAUGUUGGAUUCACGUCAAAUAUAUGUGAUGAUUAUUACCCCGAGAAUGGUAUUAAAGACUUUUCAGAUCAUGGAACACCAGCUACUAGCAAAGAGGCUUGUGAAUUUGAUGUGGAUGAAACCACUUAUGAUGCAUGGCAACCAGGUAAUUCCAGUGACUUUUGGAAGGAGGAUACUUUUUAUGUAGGGAAUGAUGCAUUUAUUAAUAAUGGUGUUGAAUGGAAUGAGAUGAGAUAUGGAGGUAGUGAUGUAAGUACUGUUCGGGGAUGGUUAGACGAGCUAGGAUUUGGUAAGUACGCAGGUGUAUUUGAAAUGCAUGAGGUGGACGAGGAAACCUUGCCGUUGCUUACCCUUGAAGAUCUCAAAGAGAUGGGUGUUUUUGCUGUUGGGCCUAGAAGGAAGUUGUAUAAUGCAAUACAGCAACUUAGAGGAGAAGUCGUUUCUGCUUAAUAACUUCCUCAACCUAGAUUGUAGGUAACUUAAUGUUUUUUGUUCUCACUGGCUCUUUUGUGCAGGAAAAAGUCACCAUGUAUGUACCUUUUUGAACCCCUAACAUGUUUUCAUUUUUUCGCUCGUUCUGCUGAUGAGAUAAGAUUAAUGCUUCAUACUCUUUUGUUUCUGUUAGAUAUUUCUUUCAGCACUUUUCGUCACUCACUUUCAAGAACCUUAUGUAAUUUGGGAUAUAUCACUGCCAACUGAGCAGACAAUUUUUGUUGGAA